AUCAAUUCAUUCAAAAUGGCGUGUAUUUCAUGGUGAUUGCUGCAAAUGCAUUCUGUACAAAGGAAGUUAAACUUUCCCGACUAUUUCUUGUUAAGUGACGAAACCGGCGAUUGCGGUCAGUGUUAUCAUUAUGCCAAGAUAUGGUGCCAAGACUUACAGCCGUACAUUACGUGCAGGCACAUCUGCCAAUAAACAAUUUGACGAUCUUUUCACUGACUCUAACGCCCGUCGACGACCGGUGACACGCUCUUCUCCCACGAAAGCAUCGCCCACCAAAACCUCCCCAAUGAAAUCCCACAAUGCAGUGGUGAAACAGACAGCCCCUGGGAACGCAGUACGGUCUACACGGAACUCUGAGAUGGAUACCCUCGGCAGUCCUAAGAGACGGCGAAUGGAUAGUGGAAGCGACGACCCAUUUAGUUUUAGUAGUGACGAUGAUGCAUCACGCUCCCCUAUUAAGAGGAGUGAUGCACGGACAGUCACCACAUCCCCCAACAAAUUCUCUGGACUUGAGAGUCAGCCGGCAAUGAGACAAACGAGGGCAAGCAGUGCCCAGGCACUAGCCGACAGCAAGAUACAAACCCGAUCCUCUGGAAAUACCAAGCCGAUAGCACUGGGGGACCGAACGAAAAAGCAAGCAUCCAUCAUGCGGUAUGCUAAGAAGCUCUCCCACAACGAGUCUGAUCGCUCAGCUCCAUACAAAGCGACCUCAGCCCUGUCCAAUUCCAAUGAUGCAGUGAGAACGAUAGUGGCUGCACCCUCUAACAGCCGCUCAAAUGCUGACAAGCCACACCCGAAGUCCGCAUCCACGAACUCUGUGGAGUCUCUCUCUCAGGUCAGCAAUUCCUCAGAGUCGAGCAGUGCCCUCUAUAGUCUAAACAGCACACCAAACUCAGGCAGACUAUCUCCCUCACAAGUCCUGAAUUCCGUCAUUACCCGGGCCAGCUCCAGUGAAGAUGAUGCCGUUAUGCUCCUUUCUGAUGGAGAUGGCACCCAAUCAGUCAUAUCAAUCUCAGACCCCCAGUUGAGUUCUACGACCAAUCAGACUUCAAGCAAACCUUCCAAUCCCUUGCAAGCACCCUCGCAGAAAACCAUACCCCCCAAGCCUCAACAGGCAAGUUUACCAUCUGUCACAGUCUCGGCCAAAGACGAAUUUGACUUCACAGAUAGCGGGGAGUCAGAUGCCGAAGACAACCCAGAUACGUCCAAUGCAAUCACUGACUUCAAGGACAACAUGGCUAAGAAAAUUUUCAAUAGCCCCAAAAAGUCACCUGCUAAAGCUCGCUACAAUGCUCGGUCCUGGAACACACCCAGCAGCCCUGAGGAACCAGAGGAAAAGAGUGUAAUGAAAAAGCCUAAAUCACAGCCAUCCCUGAGAAAAUAUCAGUCAGAUCCUUCCAGUCGGGCAUCGACUAGUGGCUACAGCAGUCGUGGUGCUAGACCAGAGGUCAAAGGUGGUGUCAAGGGGCUCACCAGGCAGGUUACCUAUCCGACCAAGGUGAACCAUUCCAUUGUGACCUCGUUGAAGUGUGACAAACAGGAGAAAGGGCUCUAUACCGUUGUACAGCAUGUCAAGCAAGCCACUCAGUGUCAGGAGUCAGGAGAGAGCCAACAGUAUGCGGACGACAUUGAAUAUCUCCGAGACGGCUUGGACCCGAUGGUUUCCACAUCCACGCGCUGCCUCAGUACUCUCAGCUUAGUUGAGAAGUGUGCGGUGCCUGCAUUCCGUCUUCACCUGCGUGCUCAUGGGACCAUUAGUAAGCUGUUUGCUGCCCUCAGGGAUGCAGACCACUUUCCAAGCCUCGCUUUAUGCACUGCCGGCCUGAUGUACAUGUUGAGUCGCGACCGUCUCAACAUGGACUUGGACCGGGACAGCCUGGGUCUGCUUGUCCGGCUGCUGAGCGUGGAAUCCGAGAUGUCCCAAGACGAUUGGUCAGAGAUCAAGAAGCAAGACUAUGAUCGCACCAAGGAGAAGUUGAGAAGCAUACUGCAAGAGGUUCCUAGCACCUGCACCAUGGCCAAAGACUUGGAUCUGGAUGGCUUGUCAAGUGAAUAUUUGGCCAUGGAGUCUCUACUGUCGUUGACAUCCCGCCGAGCCGGUGAAUGGUUUAAAGAAGAGCUACGUCAGUUUGGAGGCCUGGAACACAUUGCAGACACAGUGAUCAGCUUAGGGGAGAAGCUCGCAGCCUUGACCCCAGGCUCUGACCCGGCCAACUUGGAGCUAAUUAAUCGACUCAGCUGGUGUCUGCGCGUCCUGGAGAACGUCACAUUUCUGAACACAGAGAACCAGCAAUAUCUCUUGGAGCUGAAUGACUGUAGUUUGGUCAAGGCCUUUGCAAGUAUGCUCCCGUUAUGUGCUCAGCGCGUCGAGUGUUGCCGAGACCAAGAAAGAACGUUACGCGUAGGUAAAGAGAAGACGCCAGGCGGUAGAAUGAGGCAGUGCCUGCUGGCAUUGUUGCGAGUUCUUCUGAACAUCACCCACGAUAAUGAAUGGGGAAGUAUGAAGGUUGGUGAGCAGUCAGGUCUGAUCAGCAAUACCUUGGUCUGUGUGCUGAAGGUGGCUCAGCAUAUCGCCCAUGACCAACGCUUCGAUCUCCUGGUGCUGAGUCUUGGGGUUCUGAUCAACCUGGUGGAACAUUGCCCGGGCAAUGCUAAGAUUCUGACGAACACCAUGACCAGUUACUCCUAUGAUGCUCAGAUGGAUGACAGCGGCAAGUUCACAACCAGUGGGGAAGUAUGCUCACUUGAAGCACUCACUCAGCUGUUCAUGCAGCGGUAUCGUGCAGCAUCUCGUGCUGAGCGGGAGCCAGAGCCCGGCGAAGAACAACACGAGGAUGAGAACGAGGAUUACAGUGAGGCACAAGCCGGCUUGGAGUGGUUAGAGAUUGAAACCUCAGGGACCGGAGGACCUAAUGACCUCACUGAGGAAGAGAUCAAACGUUCUGUCAGUAAAGUUCUGCAUACUGCAGGGAAGCAUAUGGAAGACAGCAUAGUGGCGUCCUACACAGCGUUACUCAUUGGAUGUCUGGUUAAGGAUAACCACAUGAAUGUAACUCGCGUCCGUAGUUUCCUACCCGAGGGUGACUUCAACUGCAUGGUUCAAAUGCUACAGAAGUUCCUGUCGUUCAUUGAAUUGACGAAUGCGGCGGGCAACACAGGCAAUAAAUCUAUAUCCAAGAUCAUUGAGGUACUAGAUCACCUUUAGCCAAGUGGUACAGUCCACUAGAAUGUACAAUUGAAUUACGGAUUCUUCUACUGAUCAAAGACGGUAGGGAUGUAGUAUAAAUUGGGGAAUAUGGCUUUGGAACAGGUGAACCUGCCUUUGUGGAAUAAUCCCUGAGUUGCUUUGUACAAUAUUCACGGCAUGGUUGUAUGUUCAUUGGAAUUCAACUAUGUUAAAGCAAUUAAGCAGUGAGGGGUGUUUGUAAGGAGUAGCGGUGCAUGAUGGGAAGUCAUUGUGAGAACUCAGAGCUUGCUGUAGCUAUUGGUAAUGUACAAGUCUAUGGCAAAUGGCUGUAGCCGCUAGCCACUCACUUCUAUAGGUGACAGUUGUUUGCAGCCAUAGCCAUACCAUGUGUAUGCAGCCUUUUGUAUUGCUUAUGCAGGUGAUCACCUUGUCAAGAUCUGUGUUGUAUUUGAAUUUUGGUGUGCUCUGUUGAAACUUCACGGUGCAUAUCCUCCAAAAGAGGGCGCUGUCACAUUGACGUCAUUCCACAAAUGGCACAAACAUCCAGCAUUGCUUUCAAAUUUUUUUCCUGUGAUCCAUGGCCUUACUUUGGCCACAUUGGCUGGACUGAGCUUACCUCUUUAACGUAGUGGAUUGACCCGGGCCAGCAUUCCCUGUAAUGAAUCUACGGAUUCUGCCAUUAGCAAAGCAGGGGUUGUAAAGCCUCACUGGCAGAUAGAUUGCUCCAUGAUGUGUAAUGCCUCCAAAAGGGUUGAAUUCUUUCUUUUAGGUGAGCUGUCUAUUUUUGUAAAUUUGCUUGAAUGUGGAUAAUUUAAACGGACGUUUAUCAUUCAUUGUACAUGUAUAUAUUAAUGAUAGUAUUAUGCGCAUAUUUUAUGAGCACUUUCAUUUUGUUUCAUGUCUUGAACUGAUUAACCUAAGGGAGAAAAUUUGUAAACAUGAGUCACUUAAACAAAUUUCAGUAUAAGAUUCUUUCUUGAUGUGAGUAUUUUUCAGUUUAUUUACGUUUGAUGGGACAGACUUUUGUCAGGUGUUUAUUAAGGGGUCUUGGGUAGAAUGUGGGAAACUCAUCAAAAUUAAACUACUCACUGGUGGAAGGUUUGCAGUUUCUUGGAGAUUAAGUUUGUGCCGUUGGUUGCAAGUCAAUUUAUAUGUGUUUUUGAAGGUACGUUGUUUUGACUUACAAUUAUGCUCACUUUGACCUUGAAUGCUUUUGUAACUUCUUUAUUGUACAGCUUCAUUGUGAUUUGAAAUAAUAGACUGGUCGAUUACCAAAUAAUUGCAGUUGUGGGUUUAACUUGUUAUGCUGAGUAAUUCAAAAUUUCUUUGUAAACAGGCCUUUUCCUUCCAUUUUCAGAAACAAUAGCAUACUGUAUUUUCCCCCCAGAAGUAUGAUUAUUUGUUUUUCAGCAACACAGAUAGCAGUUGUUUUAAAAUGCAGAUUUGUACUGGUCUCUUAUCCUGGCCAAGAUGUUUAUUAUAUUCAGUCACUUUUUCCCCAUAAAAAUUAAGAUUGAGUAUUUGGAAAUAUUGUCAAAACAUUUGUCAUAAAUGUUUAUAAGAUUUCCAUGGUUUAAUUUCCAAACAGAAUUUAAAAUCAGGGAAGAUAAUUUCUAAUAAUGUUCUUUUGAUGGAAAAAGCAUCAGUUUUGUCAUUGUGAUUUUCAAAAAUUGCAUAUUGGAAAAAUGUAUUGAUCAAAAAAUAAAGGGGGUCACUCUAUUUAUUAUCAAAUAUUUGCUCUGUCGUUUACUGGCCUUUUCAAAUCCCGUUUUGUAUAAACCAAAGUUUCCUCAGUUUAGCUGUUGAUUUUUUUCUUUUCUUGCAGGAAAGCUCAGAAUUUUUGGACAAUGCCUGUCAUAAUCGUGUUUCUCAGUGUAACAACUUUAUUUUCAUUUUUUUCUUUUGAGAAUUAAUUUCUGACAGGGCUAUAUAGGUAGUGAGGUUUAGGGUUGAACUGUUUUUAGAUUUUCGCAAAGCUAUGAAUUUUGAGGAAGAAAGUAUCAGUGAUGUAAUUGUUAAUGUAUAGAAAAACCUUGUAAAUGUAACUUUGGAGAGGUACAAAGAAAAUUCCAGACGAAUAAAGAAACAUAAUUCUAGGAGUUCCAAAUAAUUAGUUUGAUUUGUUAU